AUGUUACCACUUAUAAGCUUGUUAAGCUUGACAGUUGGAUUCCCAAUUGUCAAUACUUCUGUUGAAUCACUUUCGUUCAUCACCGACUUAGGUCAAGAUGUUUUGUUUGAUCAUAUUUUGAAUACCACUGUAUCAGUGUACGAAUUUUAUCUUUACAAUACAAUUGAUUAUUUGGAAGUAGAUACAUUAGAAGAAGCUCAAAGGACUGUCAAUAAACUUAAUGGUUUACUCAUCAAACCUAUAUUGAUCAAAUCAGAUCAAUCUAUUCUUUCAUCUGUUCCCAACGAUUAUAAGAAUGAUCAUAUUCCUAGUUUCCAUGAAGCAUUGGACAACACACCUUCAAUUGAAGAUGCUAUUGAUCAAACAAUUGUUCCUCGUGGUAUACCUUUCUUCAAACCAAAAGUAACAACUGGUAAAUCGGAUAUUGAGAGCUCAGUGAAUGGUAAAGGAACAUUCCUUUUGACUAAGGUAGAUGAUUUGGUUUCCAAAUUCAUCCCUGAAGAAGUCCCCAUCACUCCAUGUUUGGAUUCAACUUUUGGUGAUGGAGGAUCUAUUUCUUUCUCCGUAGGUAAUUCCCAGUCAAUAUCUGCUUCCUUGGAAGGAACAGCUGCCAUAAGUUUCAUGGUAACUGCCAGUAUUACCCAGAAAUACGAGAAAACUGUCUCAAAAUCACAUUCCACCUCUUUUGGUCUUAAUAUCCCCCAAGGUUCUUCUGGUCAAUUGUUCAUUCAAAAUCCCAGAAUUCUUUCAGGUAUUGCCAAAACUACCAUACUCAAAAUGACCAAAGGAUUAUGGGAAUUGGGAACUUCAGCAACACAGAAUAUUGAUGUCUUGGACAGUAGCUUGGAGUACAAAAUUACAUCUAGAGUUUUCAGAAGUGAGCAAAGACCAUUACAUUGCAAAAUUCCUUAUUCUUUAUUAUAA